AUGCAUGGAAAAUACAGUCUGCCAACACAACUCCGAGGUGUUUAUUCAACAUGUACAUUUAGAGCUCCGGUAGCUCCCACGUCUAGGCGGUUCUCCACAGCAUGCCACCUGAAUCAAACAUCGCCCUCGCCUACGGCCAAGGUGGAGGAUAAAGAUGGCUCAAAAGAGGAAGAAAAAGAUAGUCCUAUGGGACGCCGUCUAGCUCAAAUGACAGAAGACGCGAUGCUUGAAGGUGGACGAUCUGCACAUCGCAACAUCGAGCAAGCAGGGUUCUCGGAGGAGUUGAAAAAUGAGCUCGCAGAGCGCAUUGCUGCUACUUCAUUCAGGAGUCAGCAUGCUGCUGCUCAUUCCAUAGUCGAGAUGCCCUCUGCCGCAGGACAGGGCACACGAGAGAACGCCGCCGCUCCUAAAUGGACAGGAAUAGAGCGUCUCGAGGACACGGCUCUGCGGAUGCUAGACGACGCGAGCAAACCUAUCCGAAUGCCUUACAAAAUCCCCAAUCCUGUGAACCUCAAACCCACCCCGAAGCCCAAAAAGUCUCGCGGAGAGCGAAUUGCAGAAGCGAAAGAGCGCACGUCUACUUACACACUGAGUCAGGCUCCUGGAUUUUCCGAAGAGGAGCGCGAGGAUAUGCGCCGGGAGAUGAGGGAGCAGUUGACACCUGGGGCGCAUUCCAUGCCAAUCUCGAUUUCGGGUCUUUCGUCGCUAGCAAAUGAGCGAAUCGAAGAUGCAAUUGCGCGUGGUCAAUUUGAGAAGAUACGUCGCGGGAAAGGCGUCAAUACAAAGCCGGAUCACAAUGCGAGCAACCCAUUCAUUGAUACAACCGAAUAUUUUAUGAAUAAGAUCAUCCAGCAGCAAGAAAUUGUGCCGCCAUGGAUCGAGAAACAACAACAGGUUGGUUCGGAACUCAACCGAUUCCGCGAACGUCUUCGAGCGGACUGGCGGAGACAUGCUGCGAUGUUGAUUUCCAGCAAGGGUGGCUCCCUGGACGUACAAAUGAAGCGGGCAAAAGCCUAUGCUGCAGCUGAGACUCGGUUGGCAGACAGAGCGAAGUUGGAGGCUUCAUUUAAAGAAGAUACAUCUGCCUCGGAGAUCAACAGUGAUGACCGGAUAGUCUCCGAGCCGGAAAACUCCCAAUCCCCUGAAAUUAAGAAUGAUAGCGAGGAAAUCUCGGAAGAUCUAGCCCACCUUCCACCGUUGCGAGACCCAAGCUACCUCGCAAUCGAGCGUUCUUAUCACGAACUCGCCGUGAAACAAAUCAACACCCUUACACGAUCAUACAACCUGCAAGCUCCACCCUCCGCCCACAAACCAUAUAUCAACCUUGAUCGAGAGCUCAACGCAUGCUAUGCCGCAGUAGCGCCUCAGUUAGCAGAGGAAAUUAAGCGCCGAGCGACAGAGCGUGCGCGUCCAACACCAACCGUUCCGCCGGUUUCCUCCAGCAAGUUUGGGUCACUGGGGAUGGCGCAGCCUGUCAAAAUUCACGAAGAAGAUCAGUCGAAGGGAUAUGGUAUGAAACAGCUAUGGCGCGAUUUAUUCACUUAA